AUGCAUUUUUUCCUCCUUGGCGCUACCGGACGGACCGGCAAGCACGUCGUAUCUGAGUUACUCUCCCAAGGCCAUACAGCGGUAGCUCUCGUCCGUACCUCUGGAAGCCUUACCCCUCGUCCUGGCCUUACCGUCGUCACCGGCUCGCCACUAUCCAAGUCCGACAUAAAAGACGCUCUCUCUGCGGCACCUCCCCUGAUACCCGCUGCAGCGAUUAUGACAUUGAACACAGCCCGCAAGACCGAAAGCCCUUUCGCAGCUCCAGUCUCACCUCCCCGCUUUCUGACUGACUCGUGUGCCAAUCUUUGCGAGGCUCUGGAGCAAACCGGCAUUCGUCGCGUUGUAGUCAUGUCGACAGCAGGUGUCGGGGAUUCAUGGGCCAAUCUACCGUGGCUAUCCAAGGGUUUCAUGGGUUUAACCAACAUCAAAUACGCUCUCGAAGACCACGGCCUACUAGACAUGGAGAUUCGGUCGACAAAGAUGGAUUGGACUCUUGUGAGGGCUACGCGAUUGGAGUUCGACAAUCCGAAGCAGAAGACGACCGACACAAAGGCGGACGUGAAAACACUGGGCAGCGCGGGGAACGGAAUGCGCAUGAGCGACAGCGUAAGUGUAUCUAGUGCGGCGAAGUUUCUGGUCAAAGUUGCAGUCGAAGGACUCUUCAUCAGAAGCGCAGUGGUUAUAAGGGAUUGA